GUCUCUAUAUAAUGUUUAUAAAUAUAUAAUUGUGGAAUAUAUUUUUAUUUGUUUAGGAUUUCGUUCAAUAUUUUCAUUGAACGUUACAUGUCAUAUUGGGAUACGUACUGUUUGAUUGAUUACAUAAUUGGUUGAAACUUAUGAAUCAUUAUGUAUCAGAUGCAAUUAAAAGCUAGCAAUUAGAAGAAGAUAAAAGAUUAUAAUUAGAAGCUAAGUAAGAAUUCUGUUAUCAUGAUAUAGUAAGCCAGAGAAAUUUUGGUCGAAGAAUCAAUACUUGAAAUAACUUGUGAUAAGCUGGCUUGUCCCUGGUUUAUCGACAGAGCAAGAGAGUAGCAAUUUGAAACAGUUCUCCUCCUUUUCCACCACGAGACGCUCACGUGGCUUUAAUCAAUUCUUCAGACUCGGUCAGGUUCUAGAAGGCCGACGAUGUCAGCUGGUGCCGGUUGCCUGUGUGGGUAGUUUCAUUCACUUGGUCAUCUCAGACGUUUGUGCGAGUUUUACAGCAACAAUGAGUGUUUCUAAAGUGCAGAAUAGCGUGUACUAUGACUAUCGUAGUCCUCUGUCGACUCGGUACGCCUCCAAGGAAAUGCGGUACAACUUCAGCGACCAAAAUAAAUUCAGCACAUGGCGCAAGCUGUGGAUCUAUCUGGCCAAGGCUGAAAUGGAACUCGGCCUGGCCAUCAAGCCGGAACAAAUCGCCGAAAUGGAGGCUCACGUUGACAACAUCGAUUUUGAAGCUGCUGCCGAAGAAGAAAAAGCGACCAGACACGACGUGAUGGCACAUGUUCACGUAUUCGGUGAACAAUGCCCACGAGCUGCUCCCAUCAUCCAUCUCGGCGCGACCAGUUGCUACGUAGGCGAUAAUACAGAUCUUCUAAUUCUCCGCCAAGGCUUCGAUAUACUGCUCCCAAAAUUAGUCAGUGUACUUCGACGUCUUGCAAAGUUCGCUCUUGAAAACCGUAGUUUGCCCACUUUAGGCUUUACUCAUCUUCAACCCGCGCAAUUAACAACAGUUGGAAAAAGGGCGACUCUAUGGCUGCAGGAUCUCAUAAUGGAUGAAAGGGCUAUCCGUCGCGCCAGAAAUGAUCUCAGGUUCCGCGGUGCUAAAGGCACUACCGGUACCCAGGCCUCUUUUCUUCAACUUUUUAACGGUGAUGCUGAAAAAGUUAGACGAUUGGACGCCCUUAUUACCAAGAUGGCCGGUUUUGAAAAAUAUUACAGCGUUACCGGACAAACCUACAGUAGAAAAGUUGACAUAGAGUGCUUGAAUGUUUUAAGUUCACUCGGUGCAACUGUUCACAAGAUUUGCACAGACAUUCGUCUUCUCGCUAACAUGAAGGAAAUCGAAGAGCCGUUUGAAAGUACGCAGAUAGGCUCCAGCGCAAUGCCCUAUAAACGCAAUCCCAUGCGUUCCGAAAGAUGCUGCAGUGUGGCACGUCAUUUGAUGACGCUGGUAAACAAUGCUCUUCAAACUGCGGCGAAUCAAUGGAUGGAACGAACACUAGACGACUCGGCGAAUCGUCGACUUACUUUGGCUGAAGCCUUCCUGUCGGCGGAUACGAUUCUAAUGACUCUCCAAAAUAUCACGGAAGGAUUAGUUGUUUACCCGAAGGUAAUUGCCAGACACGUGGCGCAAGAGCUGCCCUUCAUGUCUGCGGAGAACGUAAUAAUGGCCAUGGUGAAGGCUGGUGGUGAUAGACAGGUUUGUCAUGAAAAAAUUCGUGUAUUGUCUCAAGAAGCCGGAGCACAAGUAAAACAACAUGGCUUGGAUAACGAUCUAGUUGAUAGAAUAAAAAAAGACCCAUAUUUCGCACCGAUUUUACCUCAAUUGGAUGUUCUGUUGGAUCCCUCGACUUUCGUUGGCAGAGCACCUGAACAGGUCGUCGAGUUUCUUGAAGACGAGGUAUAUCCUGUGCUUGAAAAUUAUAAAGGCUUGGAAAGUAAUACUGUUGAACUCAAUAUUUGACUCUGGAAGAAAAAACUUGGCAACAUUACCGAAAUUUACUCAUGUUUCUUUCCAAAAAACAUAUUACUUAAAGUUACACGAAUAACUGGCUCUUAGCUGUAAUCUUCUCCGGAAUAAAAAGAAUAUGUACAAUUGUUUAAUGUUAACAUUUCAUAUAUUUUAAUAAAGAUAUUACAGAAAAAUAAA